AUAUAUAUAAAUAUAUAUACAAACUAUCCACCAUAACCUCAUACUUUUGUUAUCGUCAUUUACUCUUAUCUAUUUACAUUCAUAAUAAAGUCGCAAUUUCAUCAUCUGAUAAAUGAAUAAAUAAAAAACUCAAAUGAAAAAAAAAUUUUCAUAAAUUUGCCAAAAUAAUUUUUAGAGAAAAUUAUGCGGCAGACAGAACUGUCAGAAUUUUUUAAAAUCACCGGGUCACCGGGUUCCUAUAAACGUGACACGAAGCGUAAAUAUGGCAAUUUAACCCCUAAGUCAACAAAAAAGUUCCAGAUAAAAGUGACCCCGAAGAAGAGCAGCAGCCCCUCGAAGAUGGAGGACAAAAAGCGCUCGGGGGUGUCACUGAGUCAAGUGCAGAAGAAACUGAGGCUCGACGACCCCGAGGACUCGGAGAGCGACUCAGUGAACCUGACCCAGCCCUACGUGCCCAUGGACUUUGAUCUGGAGAAGAUUUACCGGGAGAAACAUUUUGACAUCGAGUUCGGGUCAGUGGUGAUGUCGAUGUGCGAAGAAGUGAAACGUCUAAGGCCCUCUGAGAACAAACAUGUCCAGCAGCUGUUCUCUGCUGUCUACAACACCCUGACCCUGCCCAUAAACUGCGCGUACUUCAACGAAGAGGAGCUCAAUGUCAUCAGGUCGAUGCUAAGUCUCACAGACGACGCUAAAAUUCUGCUUGCGCGGCUGCUUAAGUGGAAGGACAGCUGGCAUCGGGUUAAAAAAAUAUCUGGGCAGCUGGAGAUUGAAUUUACUAGUGCCUCGUUCCAGGAGCUGGUGGACAAAGGAAUUUUUGACUGCGACUACGAGACGGAUCAGAUGUCAGUGGUGUUGGAUCUGCUGCUGGUCGACGAGCUGAAGAGCAUCUGCAAGCGCAUGAAAGUGCCCCACACUACCGGCAAACCCAAGAUGAUAACCGAGCUGCUGAAGAUCGACAGCAAGAAGAAGUCGAUGUUCGUCGGAAUGAAGACCCCCAGCGCGGCGCUCAAGAAAGUAAUCGAAGAGACCGUGGGUCCCUGCGUCCGGGUCUCCGUCCAAACUUGGGACCUGAUAAAGCGGAUCCUGACUCUCCUGUACCCGGUCCAAGCUGCCGACGAGCCGCUGGCUGCUGUCUUCCACAUCCUCGACGAAGUCCACUACGAAAAUCGAGUCUACCCAGAAGUUCCCCUCGAGCGGUAUCCAAUUUUCCGGAACCGUCAGUCCUUGAUUGAGUUCGUCGAGGCCAAGAGCGCGCUGAUAAAAAUAACAGACCUCGUUACCAAGAAGCACUGGGACCUGGUCCGGGAACUAGGACUCCUAGGGUUCACUAAACUCGAGCCCGUUUUCAAUUCCGUCUCAGUUCCGGAGCUGCCGUCCCACGUCCGGAGGUUCGACGCCACUUACGUCUGGGCGAAAGUCGUCUGGACCAGCAUCGAUGCCUUCAAAAAAGAAAAAACUGAAGGGAUGCCGACCGCCACUAAAUUCCUGAGGGCUCUGAUCGCCAACAAGAAAAUUAUCCAGGGAAGAAUCGGCCGCUGGUACAGCGAACUCGCGCUCAUCGAAAUGAGUCACAACAAAGACUUGGAAGCCAGCGUGACUUUGACGCACCAGGCGCUGACCCAAGAACGUCUGUCGCUGGUCGACACCGCGGAGAUGCUGGACCGGGCGCGGAAACUCGUCGCUCGGAAGACGGGGAUCAGUAACGAGAGCAAGGAACUGAUGAAGCAGCUGAUCCAGGACCGGGAAGAGGAAUUCGUCGUCGUCUUUAACGAAGUGGUCGUCACUGCGACCAUGAUGCCCCACGAAAUCUCCACCGGUACCAAGAGCGUCUGGCGGGUCAAGGAUGACCUCGACACCGAGCUCAUGAGGGUCGAAAUGGUCGCAAUGAGACACUACAAGUCCGACGGGUUCAGUCGCGGUCUCCACUGCGAGGGGAAGCUUCCGGUCACUUUGUUCGCGUGUCUGUUCUGGGAGGAAAUUUACACGAUUUCUGUUCCUGGUGCUUUUGUGUGUCCGUAUCAAGUCGCGCCUCUGGAUUUGUACGGCUCCCAGUUUUACCCCAACAGGCGGGAAGCGAUCGAUGACAAAUUGAAUUUCGCGGGAAAUCUUGAUGACGAAAGUCUGGCUGAUGUCAUGCAUGAUAAUUUUCUGAGCUACAGGGAAUAUUUUUCGUUGAUCAGCAACAGUUUGGUUGAGGAUGGGAAAGAUUUUAAGGAUAUGGUCAAAUGUCUGGGAGUGAAAGCGGUGACGGGAAUAUGCGGGCUCAUGGUGAAAAAUUACUGCCAAUGGAGCGCUGGAUUUCCGGACCUGAUUGUGUGGAACCCGGACAAGAAAAAGUGUAAGGUCGUGGAAGUCAAAGGGCCGGGAGAUUCCUUGUCUAUGAAACAGAAAUUGUGGAUUAAGAAUUUGAUGGCCCUGGGGGUUAAGACUGAGGUUUGUCUUGUGAAAGCAAAGUAAUUUAAGAUUUGCAUGGUUAUUAAAUAUAUAUUUUUAUAUUUAUAUAUAUAAGAGUCUAUGAAAUUUAAUUGAGUGACAAUUUUUUUUUUUAAUUUACGCGCCGAUUUUGGGGUGGAAUUAAUUAGCCUUCUAAAGUUGACAUCAUAUUUUUAUAUCACCAAUGGAUGUAUUUUUUUUUUACAUCCGGAUUUCGGAGAAAAUUUAAUCAGCAUUCAAAAUUGACAUCAAAUUUUUUCUGUAAAUUAUGACAUCACAAAUGUACGAAAUUUUUUAAAUUCAUCCGAAUUUUUUCAAAAAAUUAUUUAGCCUUCAAAUUAACAUCAAUUUUUUUUGUCAAAAUUUUGACAUCACAAAUGUAUAAAAUUUGUUUUAAUUCAUCCGGAUUUUUUCGAAAAAUUAUCUAGCCAUCAAAAUUAA